UAGCUAAUGUGGUAAUCACAAAACUAUAUCAACAAAAAGUUUCCUAUUAAUUGUAUGAUUUAGCAUACAGUGGGAGUAGUAGUGAGGGCAAAAACCUCCAUCGUAGACGGACUCCAUUAAUGGAUGCUUUACAGCUUGUGAAUACACACGUCAAGCUAUUGGCCUUCGAUUUUCUCUCUGUGCAAUCAAUCCCCCAGGAGCCCACCAUUUUUUCUCGCAAGGGGAGACGUCUCUCCCGCGCAGAGACGGUGGGUAUUGUGGUCAGCAGAGAUUUGAAGGCGAAUCGAUUUAUGAAAUUCGAUAUUGACGAUGGCACUGGUUGCAUCCCUUGUAUCCUAUGGCUCAACCAUGAGAGUUCGCGUUACUUCUCCCGUCGUUGCCCAUCAAAUGUUCGACUUAUUGCCCAAAUGGCGGCCGAUUUUGCUUCUCAAGUCCAGCUUGGGGUUAUUGCUCGAGUUCGCGGGAAGAUGAGUAGCUACAGAGGUAAUCUUCAGAUUACUGUUUCUGAUGUUGUUAUUGAAAGAGAUCCCAACUCACAGAUUCUUCAUUGGCUAGAUUGCUUAAGGUUGGCACGAAAUUGUUAUGACAAAGUUUUAGUCGAUCCUUCAACAUGACAUCAAAUUGUGUCCAUUAUGCAAAAUGAUUAAACAUGAGACGAGCUAGAAUAAGAAUUAGAAGAAGAAAAACUAAUUACAUGUUAAUUUCAAUCUUUAUUCAUAUUAUAUCACAGUGAAAUAACUAGGUAUAUGUACUUUAAAAGUAUGGAAAACAUAUUAUAUUUGACA